CGAAUCAUCAAAUCAAAGACCAAAACGAAAACCAAAUUGACCGCAGACCAGAGUACUGUAGAACACUGCGACUCUUGCACUUUUUCUUUUCUGCUUCUUCUCUUGUUGCUACUUCAAAACACACUGUGAAAAUAUGGGCUUCUCCUCCUUUCUGGGUCGCGUCCUCUUUGCUUCCCUCUUCAUCCUCUCAGCAUGGCAGAUGUUUAAUGAAUUUGAUGACAAUGGUGGACCCAUUGUAAAGGAGUUGAUUCCCAAGCUCACUGUUGUGAGGAGAAAUUUAUCCUCCAAGCUGGGGGUAGCGAUACCAGAUAUUAAUGUUCGGACAGUCAUUGCCUCUACCAUGUUACUAAAGGGGGUUGGAGGAGUUCUAUUUGUGCUUGGCAGUACAUUUGGAUCUUAUCUUUUGCUCUUGUAUCUGGGGAUUUCUACUCCAAUUCUGUAUGAUUUCUACAACUAUAGAUCUAAUAUCCCUGAAUAUUAUUUACUGCUGAAUGAUUUCAUUCAGAGCACAGCACUUUGUGGUGCAUUGCUAUUUUUUAUAGAGAUGAAGUACUCGAUUACCAGAAGGCAAAUGAGGAAGAAGACCCCAAAAGCAAAGACAGUUUAGAGAUUAGAAAAAGAUAUGUGUAUUUGUUUUCAGUGAAAAGGUUAUUAAAUUUCUUUGUUGCAGCGUUAUGGAAUAAUUGCUUAAACCUUUUUGCGUUGAUGAUUUUGUAUGUUAGCACAUAAUUUAAUUAUGAAUAUGCUUAAGCAUUCUCAUACCAUUUUGUUGUACUUGCACUAAGAAUAGCUAUUAACAGAAGCUUUGAAUAGAUUUGAAAUACGAUAGAACAUCCAAGAUAUAAUAUAUACAAGUAUGCAGUUCUGAUUU